UUCAAUUAGGCCGCAAUGGCUACAUAAUCAGGGGGGGUUACUGGGCACAGGUGUUGGGUGUUGGAAGGGAAAUAGGUGAAGGUAAAGGUGAACGAUUGGCAUCGGUAUGUAUAUAUGAAGAAGAACAAAAUAAAGGACAGUAAAAGACUACGGGAGACGCGUCAAAAACAAACCACACGAAACACCAACCAAGAGGAACUCAGUGUGCGAGGCAAAGGGCCACUACACUGCCCAUACCAGAACCAGAAACAUAUACAUACAAAUAUAUGACACGGCUUCCUUUGUCUGUGAGUGUGUGUGUGUGUGUGUGUGUGUGUGUGUGUGUGUAUCAGGACCAGUCAGUGUGCGCCAGGACUUUCUGCGGUGCAGGUCGAGAGUGUGUAUCGACCGACAGAGGAGAACCCGUCUGUAGAUGUUUACAGGUCAAACGCUGUCCGGAGAAACCGCCAAAGGCAGACGCGAGCCCCGUGGCUUGCUUCCUGUCGGACCGCGACGGGCUGAGAGAGAGCGCGGUGCGCUGGAUUCGGGAGGAGGCCCGGUCGUACGCCACGGCGGCCGACGCGCUGCUGAGGUCUUGGAUGCUCUCGGAUGAAAACGCCGACUGGAAGCUGAUCACAGACACACCCAGACACACCUUUGAGGAGAGCAUCGGGUGGAGGAGGACGUCGGGGAAGGAGCAGAAGAAGAAGUGACGGAGGAGGAGUGGAGCAGCCGAGCGGCUGAGCUCAACGCGUUGCAGGAGGACGGUCGACACUGAACCUGCAGCCGCAAAUCAGACAGUCGUAGCCGCCUCCUCGAGUUGUAAUAGAACGACUUUAUGAAUGCUCAAUUUAUUUAUUUUUGCAAACAUUAGAAAGCAACACUAGUAGAUAUACUGCUACUCAAUUUUACACAUUUUAUAACAACUACAUUUCUAUCAAAAUAAAUAUGUUUAUUUAUCUAUAUUUUUAGAGUGCGCGCCAUUCGUGUUGCGGUGCACACCAGGCGGGUGGGAUUAUCGUCUUCUAAUGCACACCAGAGAGAGAGAGAGAGAGAGAGAGAGAGAGAGAGAGAGAAAGAGAGAGAGAGAGAGAGAGAGAGAGA